GCGUGCGUGUGGAGUUCGAGUGUUUUUCCUUUAUUUCAUAGCUGAAAGAUCGAGCGAACUUGUGAUCGAAAUUUUGUGCGCUCGUUUAUCCGCACACCUUCGUUUUUCAUCUUCAAUAUUAUUACAAAGACCGAUCUGUUACUUGCUACGCGCUUCUUUCUAUCGCCUCGACAAUUCAUCGUUCCCAUGAUUUUCACAAUUUGCAUUGUUGGUUCAGUGGUAUAUAGAGAGGUGGCCCUGAUUUUACGUUGAACCGCCAGACACACGAAGCGCACCGUCGUUACUACACUGUGCAAAUUCUAAAUUUGACAGCCACGAGAGACUUGAAAUUUCACCAGGCAAACGAGCUGUCGAUGCUGGGACUCUCGUUGCCCCGAUCCCACCAAGCCCGAAGCCAGAGGGGAUGGAAUAAUGCAGAAGAAGCACGAAAAUUAUCGCCGGAAUCGUCGACUGCCAAAAAGUGUGUUCGUUAAUUGACGAGCCGGUGUAACUGGCCGUUUGUAAACACUGCAAGAGGAAAAACGUAUUUAAAUACGAAGAGGCAACGGGUGCCAAUAUUUCGAGAACGAAUACGUCGAUCGAAGAAUACGUAAAUGAGCAGCACCCGGAAGUAUUCUAUUAGAAUAAAUUUAAUGCCGAAUUAUUCAGACGCGUACAUUGCUCGAUCAACAAAGCCGAAAGUUUCAUGUCGAGAAUUAUCGGGAUAUGGCACAGUUUGCCCAACUUGUUAUCGGUAAUAGAGUUCUUUUGAAAGUAUUAAUCCUUCUAAAUCCGUGACCGUGAAUAAAAAAAAAAAAUAUAUAUAUAUAUAUAUAUAUAUUUUCGAGUACUAUGCGAUAAUUGAUCUGCUAUGCCGUUCUUUUCGAGUCGUCAAACUUCAAGCACAGCCGCUUUAGGUGUUGUACUUUUGGUUAUAGUACUCAUAGUUUUUUGGACAAGCAUGAGUACACUGAACACUCCUCAGAAGAGCGAACAAUUCCAGUCGACGAACACCACCAUUUUAGGCGCUUCUAAUCACUUCGUCGAUGAAGAUAAUCGCUGGAUCAAUGCUGGCAUUACUUUGCCGUAUAAGCCGUCCAUUCAGUCGACUACCAAGGAAUAUGUAGUUUCAGCGUUACCUGACAUUGCAGCAGCAACGAAUGAAAUCAGAGAUACAACCGACGAUUCCGUUCGGACAAAACCGAGCACUUUUCCAGUUGAACAACGUGAUGUUGAAUAUGUGACGCCAUUAAAGAUCAGCGAAAACCAGUACGAAGAUCCUUUUUUUAUUACAGCAGAUGGGCUGUCUAUGGCCAAAAGGCAUCAUAGCGGCCACUUCAGAUUGCCUACUGCUAUCGUUUGGGAUCCCCAUCCGCAAUACGAGUUCACUGCAUUCGGUCGAAUAUUCCGUUUGAGGUUGGCCCACGAUUCGAGUUUUAUAUCUCCAGAUGUUAAGAUCACUCACGUCAAGAUCAACGAAACGAUCAGAGAUCAUCCGAAUCAUCAAUUGGGCUGUUUUUACAGUGGUUACGUUGACGGGGAUCCGACAUCAGACGUUUCUGUGAGCCUGUGCGAUGGCAUGACUGGCCAUGUGAGAACAUCGAAUGGCAGUUACAUCAUAAAUCCGACGAAGCAUUGGACCGCGAACGGGGAAGGUAUGCUCGAGCACAUUUUCUACCGAGACUUGAAGACGCAGUCCAACGUUAGUAAUUUAACCGGUCCCGGAUCACUGCCCGACAGUCACGAUUGUGGAGUUAUUGUUUUCCAUUUUUUGCGCGAAGAUUACGACGUCGAAGGGGCCCCUACGGCAAUGCUCGAUAAUAGCACGUCAGGAGCCACGUACGUAGGAGAUAGACAUCGUGACAGAAGAUCUUCGACGGCGCAUGUAUAUCGGGAGCACACGCCCCAAAGAGAAAUCAGUCGGAGUCGAUUCAGACAUUAUUCAGAACACAAUGGUAAUCAACUGUAUACGAUCAAUGGUAAAAACAUCCAAAGGCACAACUAUUGGAAAAAGGUUGACAACACCAACGUCAAUAAACUAACGAAUGGGGAAGAUCCCUUAUCUAAUUGGAGACAAAGACGAGCGCUCGCUCACGAAUACUUCGUCGAAAUAAUGGUUGUCGCUGAUGCGAAGAUGCUCGAAUACCACGGCGUUGAGCAUCUCGUGCCAUAUAUCUUAGUACUGAUGAGCACUGUUUAUCGUAUUUAUAAAGACCCUUCGAUCGGAAAUCCAAUUAGUAUUGCCGUGAUGAAGAUUGCUAUUGUUGAACAAACAUUUGGAAUGCGUUACAUCCACAAUAACGGAAUAUCUGCUGCAGAAAUGCUGAAAAACUUUUGUCAGUGGCAGAAAAUGAACAAUCCUGACGAGCCUUCGAGCGAACACCACGACGUAGCACUACUUUUGACCAGAGAAAAUUUGUGUCAAGAUCCCCGGCAAAACCGCUGUGAAACGCUGGGCUUGGCCGAACUGGGUCGAAUGUGCUCGCCAGGAUCAUCUUGCGCUAUUGUUCAAGACAAUGGUCUGGCAACUGCAUUUACUAUUGCUCAUGAAAUAGGACAUGUAUUAAAUAUGCCACACGACGAUGACCUGAAGUGUACAAAAUUCCAAAUCGACGCUGACGUUCACAACUUCAUGACGCGAAGACUGAACAACAAUACCUUCCGAUGGGAGUGGUCCAAGUGUUCUCGUCACUAUUUAACCGAAUAUUUAGAAAAUGCCAACUGUCUUCUAGACGAGCCAACCAACGUGACUUCCACGUCAGACCCACAUCGCUUACCCGGGGAAGUAUAUUCCGGGAACAGACAAUGUGAGCUGGCUUUUGGUCGUGGAUCAAGAAUCUGUUCCAUGAAAUCUGCGGAUGUCUGCAAAAAACUUUGGUGCACGUCGGGGAUUUUGGGUCAACAGCAACGAUGCCGGACACAGAACAUGCCUUGGGCGGAUGGAACUCCUUGCGGAGAUGAAGUUUCACCUAAUAAAUGGUGUCACAGAGGAGAGUGCGCUUCGGUUAGGAACCUCGAGCCCGUAAAUGGGCAAUGGGGUGAAUGGGGACCUUACGGUGAAUGCACAAGAACCUGUGGUGGAGGAAUACAAAAAAGAUAUCGCGAGUGCAACGGACCCCCACCGCAAAAUGGCGGAGAUUAUUGCAUGGGUGAACGCUAUCAUUAUCGUAGCUGUCAAACCAAAGAAUGUCCACUAGAUGCUCAAGACUUUAGAGAGCAACAAUGCGCCAAAUUCAACAACAAUAAUUGGAAUAUACCCGGACUCCCUACAGACAUUGAAUGGCAUGCGAAAUAUACUAGACUUGUUCCGCAAGACCGUUGCAAACUAUUCUGUCAGGUGGAAAGUAACCAAUACUACGAGCUUCCAGAAAAAGUAAUUGAUGGUACACCUUGCGGUCCGGACACGUUUCACAUUUGUGUGCAUGGGCACUGCAAGCCAGCCGGGUGUGACCAUGUUCUUGAUUCGACAGCUGAAUUGGAUACCUGCGGUGUUUGUGGCGGAGAUAAUUCAACCUGUCAUAAAAUAACGGGUUCUCACAAUUCCAGUGUUUACGGGUACUCAAAAGUAUUGAAAAUUCCUGCUGGGAGUAGCAACAUUGAUAUCAGGCAACAUGGAUGGAAUGGGUCCCACAACGACAGUAAUUAUUUAGCCUUGCGAGUCGGAGAAGACGGUAAUUACAUAUUAAACGGAAAUUUCAUGGUGAUGCACCAAAAGGUGAUCAUACGUCCUGGACUAACGAUCGAGUACAGCGGCCCGGAAACGUCGGUCGAACGUUUGAAUAGUUCAAGGCCAAUAAACAUCGAUGUAAUCUUGGAGGUUUUGUCUGUUGGGAACGUUUAUCCACCGCAAAUAACGUACCAGUAUACCGUGCCCAAGUCCAUUUUGAAAAAUUUCACUUGGGUUCUCAAAGACUGGUCCAAGUGUAAUUAUGCCUGUGACGGAACAAAAUACCGUAGAUCAGAGUGCCAAAAUAUUGAGACUAUGGAUUUUGUAUCUGACGAUUAUUGCCGACCAGAAGAAAAGCCUCAAGAGGAAAGUCAGGCAUGCAACAGUUACUGCUCGCUAAAGUGGGAGGUCACAGUUCUUUCCGAAUGUUCAAAUAACUGUGGCCCAGGUAAUCGCACGAUUUCUAGUCAGUGUGUUCAGAUUCUAAAGACUGCCAAUGGAAAAUCACCGCAACCGGUUGCAAAUUAUGCAUGCAUGCACAUUAAACGCCCACCGAACUACGAGCCGUGUAUCGGAUCUUGCGAUUCGUCUUACUGGUCGUACGGCAAAUGGACACCAUGCAGUGUCACUUGUGGCGGGGGUAUGCAGUCGAGAACUGCAGCGUGCAUUAAUUCGUUUGAUGAAUUCGUCGCCGAAUCGAAGUGCGUUGCUAAGGAAAAAAUAGUUCAACGUAUGUGCGGACAAGAAACGUGUCCGGAAUGGAGCUUUGGGGAGUGGUCUCCGUGCUCCGCGAGUUGCGGACCUGGUAAAAGAGGUCGACCAAUAUGGUGCCACAUAGAAAAUCAGAUAGUAUCGCCUAAUCAUUGCAGUACUCCGAAACCUAACGAAACAGAGGCUUGUGAGAGUGAACCCUGUUACUACUGGGACGUCGGGGACUGGAAGCCCUGUAAUACUGACUGCGGCCAAGGACGACAGCACAGACAGGUUCGUUGUAAAAAUCCUAACGGUGAAUAUGCAGCAGAUGUUAAAUGUUUUUCCACCGAAAAGCCAAAACCGUCGAAAAAAUGUUAUGGAACAGCGUGUGUCAUGUCAACGAUAAUUGGUCGUUCUGCUCAGUCCCCGGAUCGAAGUAGACGACGAUGGAGGGUCUCGAACUGGUCUCCCUGUUCGAGAGAUUGUGGGGAAGGGAUUCAACAGCGAGCUGUCACUUGCCAUCGUAUUAAUCGAUUCGGAUGGGUUGAUCCCUCACCCACUGACGGAUGCAUGCACGCAAAUCGACCGAUUGGAGUUAGGACAUGCAAAACACGAGAAUGCGAUGACAAGUAUUACUGGUCAACGGGACAUUGGAGAAAAUGUAGUCACCCUUGUGGAAAACGAGGGAAACAAUUACGUCGAUUAUUUUGUCACGAUAUAACUGGUAAACGACAAAAGCGUUCUAAAUGUCCACGUCAUUUGGCGCCUAAGCGAGAACGAAGAUGCAAUCAGAGACGUUGUGGUCCUAAAACUUGCUUGGAAGCGCAGAAGAGGUUGAAGCUCAGACACGACGGUGAAUAUACUUUAUUCGUUGGAGGAAAAAGUAUGAGAAUCUAUUGUCACAAUAUUGGCACUGACUCACCACGAGAGUAUCUCACUUUGCCGGCUGGAGACCGAAAAAAUUACGCGGAAAUUUACGACAAGAGAUUGCUAAACCCAAAUCAAUGUCCUUACGAGGGACAAAGAAAUGAGAGCUGCGAAUGCGUCAACGAUGGUGGAAAAAUAUCAGGAUUGACCAACUUUAAACGAGUUCGUAUCAAUACGAUAAAACUCAUGGUUGUUGCUGACGACUUUACAUUUUCUCGUACGAACGGAGCGAGACGAGUGGAGUUUGGUAAAGCAGGGGAUUGUUACAGUCGAGAGAAUUGUCCUCAGGGCCGUUUUAGUAUCGACCUAACGGGGACACCGUUAAGAAUAGCUCCUGAGGUUUCAUGGAGCUCGACAAAAUCAAAAGCUGUUAUGGCCAUCAACAAAUUAAACCACCAAAGAAUCACUGGAAGAUGUGGUGGAUACUGCGGUUUCUGCAUACCUAAGACUGGAUUAAAGUUGGACGUACUUCCCCCAUGACAAAUUAAGUCCAAUAAUUAAUCGUCUUCAAAUUCUUUAGUUUACUUUUUACGUACCCAAGACUAGUUAUUGAUGUAUAAAAAAAAACGUCUCACUUUCCACAAACUAGUUUUUUCGAUCGGACAUAUUCGUCAUCGAUUAUUUUGAAUCUCAUCGAUAAGUCAAAUAUUUAUUUUACUGUCAUCGAAUGACAAUUUUUUUCGGGAGCUCCCGAAAUGUGUCGUCUCGGUAAACAUCAGUGUUUAUUCCAUGUGAUUUAAUAGAUUCGGUUGAAUCCUCAAUAAUAAAUCAUCUCCAUAAAUAGGAUAUAUAAAUAUUUAUCUCAGUGUUUGCCGAUAAAUCAUGGAUCUGAAGACAUAAUAUACUGCUCGAACGAACAAUUAUUCAUAUUUUCAUUUAAGAAAGAUUUUAUUAUGAUGAAUCUAUCGAUCAACAAGUUCAGUCAGCAUUUAUUUCUUUAUAUUAUUUUUAUCUUCAUCAAUUCUACAUAAAAUUCAGUGAUUACGUGGAAAAAUAAAAAAUCGUAUUUCGCUGUACAUUCGUAAGCUAAGCCGAGAUAACCCGAUACCGAUGAAAGUGUACCGAAUAGCAAAAAUAUUUGAUGUUGUAGUCUUUAUAUAAAUGUGCUUCGUUAUUCGUAUAAUUUUUACCCACUCAAUGUACUUUGCCUCGACAAGAGACUUGAAUGGAAGUGUCAAUGCCUA